AGACAUACUACAACCACAACCACUCUCGGGUUUUUAGCCACCACCACAUGACCACGGGGGGACGGAUUCCUCCGUAGGCCCGGCCCACUCGCUGCGUAGCCCCGGCAACGAGCCGAAGCGGCGGGGCGGCGGUUCGCGGUUGGUAGCGCGGGGCCGGAGCGCUGCGGAUCUACCUGAGAAUUACCAUGCUCUUCUACCUCACAGUGGAUCUCAAAACACAUGCAAUUCUAGAGGAGACUGGUGACCAUCCUGCUGUGUUAUGGGGAAACAUCCAGCAACCUUAGAGAAAUCUGCUUCCUGACAGCCUAAAAAAAAUCAGAAGGCAAAAUAUCCUUUAAAAAUACAGAAGAGACCCAGAAUUUCAUAAGCCUUUGUCUAUUGCAGUUUAAUAAGACAAAAUGAACCGUUACACAAUCAUGAAGCAGCUGGGUGAUGGCACCUAUGGCAGUGUCUUGAUGGGAAAGAGCAAUGAAUCAGGAGAGCUUGUGGCCAUCAAACGAAUGAAAAGGAAGUUCUAUUCAUGGGAUGAGUGCAUGAAUUUGAGAGAAGUCAAGUCUCUGAAGAAGCUAAACCAUGCCAACGUAGUAAAGCUGAAAGAAGUCAUCAGGGAAAAUGAUCAUCUCUAUUUUGUGUUUGAGUACAUGAAGGAAAAUCUCUAUCAGUUGAUGAAGGACAGAAACAAGUUGUUCCCUGAGUCAGUCAUCAGAAACAUGAUGUAUCAGAUAUUGCAAGGGUUAGCUUUCAUCCAUAAACACGGAUUUUUUCAUAGAGACAUGAAGCCUGAAAACCUUCUUUGCAUUGGUCCAGAACUUGUAAAAAUAGCUGAUUUUGGUUUGGCUAGAGAGCUGAGAUCUCAACCACCUUAUACAGAUUAUGUGUCCACCAGGUGGUACCGUGCUCCUGAAGUUUUGCUGCGAUCAUCUGUUUACAGCUCGCCUAUUGAUAUAUGGGCAGUUGGCAGCAUAAUGGCUGAAUUAUACACACUAAGACCCCUUUUCCCAGGCACAAGUGAAGUAGAUGAAAUCUUCAAAAUUUGCCAAGUAUUAGGGACUCCAAAGAAGAGUGACUGGCCAGAAGGAUACCACCUCUCCUCAGCCAUGAAUUUCCGUUUCCCACAGUGUGUCCCUAUAAGUUUAAAAACUCUCAUCCCUAAUGCAAGCAGUGAAGCCAUACAGCUUAUGAGUGAUAUGCUGAACUGGAAUCCAAAGAAGAGACCUACGGCAAGUCAGGCACUGAAGUACCCAUACUUUCAAGUUGGCCAAGUUUUAGGACCUCCUCCACAAUAUUUGGAGAAGCAGACUCCUAUUAAACCAGUGCAGCCAACAGAACCAAAGCCAACUUUACCCAAACUGGAAGCUGUAUCCAAGCCAGAACCUUUGUCUUCACCUGAUGAACCUGACAAAACACAGCCACAGUCCCUGUCAAAGGCCAACCACCAGCCUCUCCAGCAAAUUCAGUUGCCUCAGAAUACAGCUAACCAGCAAAUACCAAAACAACAGCAGCCACAGGCACAGCCAUUUUUUCCAGCUAUCAGUAAAGACUCAUCCAUGAAACAAGCGGCUAGUGGCCCCCAGAAUGGCACAGUGGGUCCUAAAAGUUGCAGGAGACGAUGGGGUCAGACUUUGAUAAAGGCUGUGGACAGCUGGGAUGAAUUGGAUGAUGCUGAAUUUGGAAUGUCAUGCUCAAAGAAGCCUAGCAUUGCACUGUUAAAAGAAAAGAAAAACAAGGAAUGUCAUUUUAGUGUGCCAGAACCAAAAGCUUCUCAUUGUAUCCAGCCGGGAGUGGAAAAUAAAGUUCUGAUGAGAAACGAUUCUGGAAGAACCAAUACAUCAGCAAAACAGUACUAUCUAAAACAAUCAAGAUAUCUGCCAGGCGUAAAUCCUAAGACCGUCUCCUUAGUAGCAGUCAAUAAAGAAGGAUCUCAUGGAAACUGGAACAACCAGCUGUUUUCCAAGCCAUUGGCACACGUUGGAGAAGGAUUGCCUUUCAACAGAAAUAAUACAGAAGAGAACUUAAUUACACCCAUUGAAAAACUAUCAUGCAAAGAAAGAUUGAAUGAAAAAUUAGAGGAUCCAAAAGCUUGAACGCUUCAAUGGCUUCAUCCCUUGAGAAGAGUCAGGCAUGCACUGAGGUAUACUGCCCAGGCCAUGCUUAAGCUUGCUGGCACUGUGUUUGUGUACACAUCUGCUGCUGGACCUUCUUGAUGCCUGAUGGACUUCUACAGCAAGAACUUCUGUUCUGCAUAGCAGUUGCCAGAGGUAAGGAACAACCUACUGUGUACUUCUCAAUGCGUGUUUUUUAAAUGUUAGCAGUCAUAAUUUUGCACUGAAUUUCCUAUUGUUCUUCUAUCCAAGGAAAAGACAGUUCCUUCAGACCUCUCAGUUUCACCCAGACUGUUCCUCUGGCUGUGCUUAUCCAUUUUCUGCUGAAAAGCUCAUGAAGAACAUCAAAAAUGAAGAGGUAAGAGGAAGAGAAAAAUGGUUGAGAAAUUUUUAACAGGUAUUUUUGCAGAGCUGUAGAUAAGAAACAGGCAGAAUAAGUCGUUUUGAGGUUACAUUUAGGCCUGCCAUGUUCUUACUUCUAGGCCUCAGAAUGUUAAGAUAUCCUCUGACAGAUCAGAAUUAUACCUUGUGAAGUGUUCCUAGUGAAAAGAUUAGGAAGUAGGGACAAAUAAAUGCAUGCAUUUGUAUGCAGACAAGGGAAUGUAACGCUAAAACUGUUGCUUUUUGUUUUUCAGGCAAAUCUGUGAAAAAGAAGAACUUGUGACUCUAAGGAUGUUAUUAUUUGAGUACUUUAUUAAAGCUUUAUUUUUCAUCAGGACUUGUGUGUCAUCCUUUACUCCACUGGAGACUGGCAUCAGCUGUAGAAAGGGAAGCCACCUGGAGUCUCAGUUGUUGACAGGACUUUGGGGAUAUGGGUAAAUCUUCAGCUGAAUGCUUACUCUUAGUUCCCAAAGAGGAGGUAUGUGAUGACCCAACACAGCUUGUAACAAGCUCAGCAUACAUUUGUGGUUUGUAGAUAACCAAUUCUGUAUCUUAUGAAUCCACUGCACUAGUUCUGACAUUAGCACUGACGACUGAAGGUGUUAGUGUGAGGAAUACUUUGGGAUUGCAAUGGGGCUGGUGAUUUGGAAAAAGAACAAACUCUGUCAAAUCACACACUGUAUAUUUUACUAACUACUGUUGGAACCAUCCUGAAGGUUAAGAUGAUUCAAGUGUUCAUAAGUGGUAAAGGUCAAACUAUCAGGUAUGGCUGUAGUUCACAAAAAUUUAACGUUACUUGAUAUUGAAGCAAAAUAAAGGCCUUCUCUUCAAAUGUUGUGCCAUCACACAGGUUUUUAAGACUGUCUGUGCAAUGACAAGUAUGGAGAAGAUAAAUAGGAAAUCUUCUUGGAGCAGUCUAAGUAUCUUAAUUGUUUCCACACCACUGUACAGUAAUUUCAGUAACAGUUCUGUGUGUAAAUACACAAUAUUUCUCAGCUUCCAAAUGACAGAACGGAAAGGGUGAUUAUGUCAAUAUUCCCAAGGCAACACUGCCUUAAAGAAAGUUGGGGUAAAAGCCAAGCAAAACAAAAUAUCAGGCUUCAAAAGAGGGGAACCAGGUCUUUUGUAGCAGGCCUUUAACCAGGGAACUGGCUAAGUCAGCUUCUAGUAGUGUACCACCACUUAACACAAGAGGAGUUUUGGUUCCAUUUUAGAUCUAAGUCAAAUAUGUUGAGCACAAGAGCAUGUUGACUUUCAAAUAUGUAAGUGCUUAAACCUGCUUCCAGUAAAUAAAAGGUAAGACCCUGUGUUGUUCUAAAACUCAAGGAUAUGUAAAACUCUUGCUAUGUAAUCUAAGUUUAAUGGAAAUAUUAAUUAACUGUCAUACCACUCUAUCUUCAUCCCUGCUGCACUAUAGGAGUGGAUGUACUGGAGUAUACAUACUUGUAGAGUUUGUUAGGCCUUUGAAAAGGUCCAAUUAAGAUGCAAGUGAAAGGAUAUCUACUUCUUACCCCCAGACAAGCACUGAGGCAGAACAAUACUCAUUAGUCGUGUGAUCAUUCAACUAUGUUUUGAAAUGACUACCAAAAAAAA